UCAACGACUCAACAGAUGGGUUCACACAGCCAGCAGAAUACAGCUUACUAGAAUCGAAUCCAACCUCUCCAACGCACAACAAUGACAGCUGUUGAUUGGGAUGAAGUGAAGAGAUUAGCUGCGGACUUUCAGAAAGCGCAGCUAAGCUCGACGUUGCAAAGACUUUCGGAGCGCAAUUGUAUUGAGAUUGUGACAAGGCUAUUGGAAAGUAAGCUCAUCGAAGUUAUCUUCACGACAGAUGGUAAGGAUUAUAUAACUCCUCAACAUCUUAUCAGAGAGAUCAAAGAUGAGUUGCAGGUCUCUGGAGGUCGCAUUAACUUGGCAGAGUUGGCAAAAAUACUCAAUGUCGAUCUCGCUCAGGUUUCAAAAGCUGCUGCAGAUAUUGAAAGACAUGACAAGUCAAUUAAAAUCGUCCUGGGUCAACUCAUUGACAAAACCUAUGUCAUGAAAAUUUCUGGGGAAAUAAAUGAAAGAUUGAGCCAACAUGGACACAUUGAUGUAUCACAGCUCACUCUCAACUACGAUCUGCCAGCGGAAUUCCUGCAAUCCACUGUAGAAAAAGAACUAGGAAAAACUAUAUUUGGUAGACAGGAUGCACAGGACCUAAGAAUGUUUUACACUGAAGGCUAUGUUGCGCGAAAUCGAGCAAAGACCAGAGGAGCAUUGUCGGCGAUUACCAGACCCACCCCAAUUUCAGCUGUUCUUGGCCAAUGCUCCGUACCAGAGAGAAUCUUUCCAUCGAUAGUUGACAACUUGCAAGAGCUGAGGCAGAUACCAGGCAUUGUGAGUGGGAAACAGGGUAACAACGGAAUUUACGUUCCAACAAUUUAUUCAAAGGGUCAAAGCGAGUGGGUAGACAACUUUUACAAACAGAACGGCUAUCUCGAAUAUGAUGCUUUAUUUCGACUUGGUUUGUCGGACCCACAAAACUUUGUCAAACGUCAUUUUGUCAAUGAGAAAUUGACUAUGCUAGACUCCGUUGCGGUAGGUUCUGCCGUGACAGAUCAAGUAGAUGCGAACGUUGAGGAGGCUGCGGCAACCGGCUCAUUUGUUGAUAUAUACCCGUUGCUGCCUUCGGUAUUCACACCAGAAGAUGCUGAAGCUUUGCUCAGAGAUGCAAUAAAACGGAUAAACACAAACAUUCACAUUUUUGCUAACACUGUCGCUAUCUCUGAUGCUUUCCUUCAGAGUCUGCUCUUACCAUUUGAAAAUAUUGUCGCAAAAAAAGCCGAGGCAGCAGUAGACAGUGGCAAGUGGCUACAGUAUGUGGCAGAGACUAGAAUCAAGUCAAAAAGUAUCGAUAAUACAGUUGAGUCUAAAAUGGACAAGCGGGAAGAACGUCGAAAAAAAGCAGUUGGGGGAAAGGCUGGGGGUGGGAGUCAGGGGCGUGAGACGAGAACAAAGUCAACGAAGAAGAAGAGUCACCGUGGCAAAAGUGGGCACAACAACGUUGAUUCAGAUGAUGCCCAUGAAGCGCAGGAUUCAGGGAGAAAGGAGUUUGUAUUAUUAACUAUAGUCGACGUUGCGAAUGAGAUAGGCAAGCAGGAAAGUCUCUCGGACAUCGAGGGUCUUGUUCCUGAGUUGGCUUCUCAUUUACAAGCUGGCCUGAACCAACGCGCUAUGGCUUUGGCUGAGCAACUUGCACAGACAACAAAAAUUAACAAUUUGUCUGUAGUCGAGGAAAGAUUGAACGCAAUUGCUCUAAAUAUACGUAUAUUUGACAAGGGGAUAAAACAACUUGACAAAACCGUUCAGCCAAGCCUCACCAAGUAUCUACUGAAGACGUUGGGAGUCGAUUUAGUGACUGAGUUAAUUAAGGUUGCCGCACAGCAAAACGUUGUGCAAUGUCCUGAUGUGAUUACGAAUGAGGCAAGGCAGAAGAUAAUUGCAGAGCUACCGCCAGAUGUGAGAGAACCCCUGAACUUAAUUCACAAAGUAGCAAGUUCUGGAGCCUCCGUCGAUGAGUUGCUGAAUGCAGCAGAGCCUGCCUUAGCUGCCUGUUGCAUGGUUUUGAGGAAGUAUGACAAGAAGAAAGAAAGGCCUGCAGUUGUUGGGCAUCGAGAGGCUUUGUUGGAACAAUUGUCAGUAACCCGAGACCCAGCCCUAGUCCUACAUCUCACUACGAGCAUACUCUUCACAGCUGUUACGCAGACAGCGCUUCAUAUGUCCGGCAGACACGUUUUCUCCAUUCUUGAUUUCCUGCUACCGUACAUCCAACAGGACGUUCGUGCAUCCUUACGGGCAUAUCACGAUCUAGUUUUGAUGGUGCUCAGCUCAGCCGAUGCGGACGCAAAGCAAAAAGUCCAGUGGCUAUUAGACCGUGAUCUAGAAGACAUCAAAAAUAUUGCGAUCAAUUUCAAAAAGCAAUUGAAAUCCGACAAGCCACAAGAUGGUAACGCGUAAACCACGGGACAAUUUUCAUGUAUCCAUAUGUACAACAUGCCCUUUCUCUAUCUUGUUUUAAUUAUUUAAUAAAAGGUGAUCAGUCAUUACAAUCAAAAAA